CGGCAAUGUAAAAUUAACUGUAUCUUUGACGUUCGGUAAGUUACGUUGGUAAGUUGUUUGUAGAAGGCAUGGCGGAAUUGCAGGCAUUGAAAGAUAUACCUUAUGCAAUUCAGUCAGGAAGAUUAGUUGUUCGUAAACAAGUUUUUGAACAUCUUGAAGAAGUGGCCAAUAAAAAUGUACAACCUCAAGCUUUAAAAAGUAUUUGCAAACUUCUUCAUAUCACUCUACCUCGAUAUGCAGACAGAAAAUCAACAAAAAUUGUGGAUAAUUUUGUUAAAUUCCUACUCAGAGCUCAGCCAUCAAGUAUACCUUAUUUGAUCAAGACUAUUUCUGAUGUUGCAGAAACAUAUAAAAAUGUCCAAUCAACGAAAGCAAUUGCCCAUAUAUGUUAUGCAACAUUCAGUUGGUCAUGUCACGUAGCUAUUACCAUCUUUAGCGGCCAUGCCAAUGAAAAACCAGACGUGCAGACCUUGAUAAAUAGUCAGGCUCUACUUCUAUUUUCUAUUACUGAAGCUCAAAGCAACUUCUUAAAUCAAAAGACUUAUAGAUGUGCGACCAACUUAUGGAAGCAGAAUACAUUGAUCAUAGAUGAAUACUUAGCAUGCAUGCAAAAGAUGCCAGAAUCCCAAGCUUCUUUAGUUCUUUUUGGAUUCUUUGUAAAGUUUCUAGUUGAAAUUAAAUCAAAAGAUGCACUACUUCAAAUAAAGGAUCAGGCUAUACAGCUGCUGACCAAAGUUGUUAUUGGAAGCAAAGCUAAACCUCUUCCACAUGUUUUGGAAUCUUGCAGUUCUCUUUUAAGGCAGAUCACCCACAAUGAAUUUAAGACCUCUGUUCUACCAUCCAUUCAGAAAGUUUUAUUAAGAAAUCCUGAGAUAAUAUUUGAAACUGUAAAUUCGAUAAUAACUGGUGUCUCUUUAGAUCUCAGCCAGUAUGCAUUAGAUUUAGGCAAAAGUUUAGGAGCACAUUUACAUUCCAAAGAAGAUCAGUGUAGAGAGCAUGCUGUUGUUGCUUCAAAAUGCCUUGCUCAACAGUGCAGUAGUUCCCAGGCCAUUAAAGAUCUUUUAGAGCACUAUUUUGGAAUUCUUAAUGGAUCUGAAGGGAAACUGACUGUAGUUACUCAGAGAUUAGGUGUCAUUAGUGGUAUUGGAAAUUUAAGUUACAAUAUUGUAACAGGAUCCACUUCCAUACAAGCCUUAUGUGAAUUUGCAUCAGAUAAUUUUAUUAGUUUCUUAAAGCAUGAAGUUCAUGAAGGUACAGUCACACAUACAAUAGCAAUGUUGUCUUUAUGGUGCUCUAAAUUCACUAUGAAUGUUCCAUCCAACAUUAUCGAGCUAUUUAAAAAUGGGCUUACUCAGAAAAACUCAACAUUUGCUAUUCGCAACAGUUACAUUCUUUGUAUGAAUAGUGCAUUUCAUGGUAAUACUUUACAUCAAGCUAUGGAUUUAAUACCAUUGUUGGAAAAGACUUAUAAUAAAGCAUUAUCUCAACCUACACAAACAAAUGCUGUUAUUGAAGGCCUGUCUGUGUUUUCCUUAUUUUUGAAACUUUACAGUUUUGAUUCAGAAUCAGAAACAAAGUUGAAAAAUAUUAUGAAUGUUGAUAUCAAUAAGUUGCCAUUCUUGACAGAAAAAUUUCUAUCAUCUUGUUCUGAUGAAGCUCUUUUAACUGUGAUGUACGUCAUUGAAAAAUUGAUUAAUGAUCAUGGCCAUAAUUUAACUGAUGGAACUAAUUCUUUGAAGAAAGCUGUCCUAUUUAUUUUAACAAGUCCUGUGUUUAAAGUUCGUAUGCAGGCUUCUGCUCACCUAAAAAAAAUGUUAUCAGCUAUAGGUGGAACCACUUUAGCAUGCUCUCUUCUUAAAGAAUUUCCUUCUUUUGUUGAAACCCUUAAAGUGAAGAAACAAGCCAAACCAGAUGAAAAUGAAGAAGAACCAGAUAAUGAAAUUAAUACUCAAGUUCUUCAGAGCUGUUUGUUUGGUUUGUGCAGUGGUUCCAAUCUUGAGAAAGAAGAUAUUAAUCAAAUAUGCUUAGAAGCUUUAAUACCUUGUCACGUUGAUAUUAUAUAUAAAUCUAAUCCUGUGUUAUGGCAGAAAAUUGUUACCAAAUUACAACUCAAACCUGCAGAUUUUGUAAAAGAAACAAAGGAUACAAUAACUGCAUUAGUUAUUGAUGACAGUGAUGCUUCUGAAGUUCUUGAUCAAGCACGACUAAAUGCAUUGAAGACAUUGGUUAGGUUGCAGCCAAAAGAAAUCGUUCCAACUGUUGUGUCACAUGCGGUUACUGUCUUGCAAGAUCCUUCAUUUGUGCAAGUUACAAAAGAGGAAUAUAAUAUUUUCAUAACUCCAGAGGGCCAGCUUUAUGAUAAAAGUGUCAUUGAAAACUUGAAAGAAGACACCAAGCUCACCAAAAAUAUUAAGAGAGAAAGUAAAUUGUACUCAUAUAAGGAACAGUUAGAAGAACUAGAACUGAAAAAAGAAAUAGAAGCAAAAAAGCGAGCAAAAGGUGAAAUGAAAGAACCAGAGCUAACAAAGAAACAGUUAGAGGCUAAGAAUGCCCAAUUAGAAAAAGAAUCUGUUGUUAGGAAUAAAAUAAAACAGCUUGAUGUUCAUUUUCAAUCAGCUUUGAAAAAGUUAGAAGCUGUGUUAGAUGCCAAUGCUGGAGCUCUAGGUCUCUAUAUGAGAGAUUUAACAACAUUAUUGAUUUCUUUAUUUUCAUCACCUCUCUGUGCUUUUAAGGCCACUCGCUUGUAUGUGAAUCUGUCAUGUGUUGUGUCUGCAGGAAUUCUAAUUGCAUGGGGUAAACCCAUAGCUUAUGCAACCUUACGUCUUUUAACCACAGCCUGUGACCUUGAGCCUGCUUGGACUGAAAUUGAUCUCGAUGAAAUUGUUGUCAAAAUAAUUAAGUUCUUAUAUUUAAACACUUGCCAACAAGCUUCUGGCGGAUAUGAUGAACAUCUAUUUUCUCAAACGGCUAAAAAUCAUCUGAGUGCACCUGGUUUUUCUUAUUGUUUUCCACUCAUGAAGAGUCUUCUCUUGACUCGUUCAUCAAACAUGCCCUUGCUUGAGCAAAUUUUAUGUAUCAUAUCUGAGCAUUCAGAUAUACGAGAAGUAGAUCAUUCGAUUGAUAGGAUUUACCAAGAAUGUGUUCCAACUUUAGAAAUGUUUGAUGUCCUUAUCAAAGUCAUUUGCCAAACUACUGGUCAAUAUCAGAAAUUAGCUAUGGAUACUCUAAUUAAAACUUGCGAAGCAGCUUCUGGAGAUGAUAAUUGCACUGUUGCAGAAAUGCCUGAAAUUAAUGUUUUGCUAUCUGCGUUAUUACUGAAAGAAGAAAAGGCUCGACUGGGUUCUUUGUUGGGUUUAAAAUCAUUGGAAUUGGUUCUUCCACAACCUGACACUGACUAUGAAAAUGGGAUGCAAGUAGUUCGUCGAAUAUUUGUUGCAUGCUUUGAUCCAGUUGAAGAAAAUAGAGAGAUUGCAGAAAGGCUGUGGAAAGAUAUAGGAUUUUCAAAAAGUUCCGAUCUAUGUACUUAUGUUUUGGAUGAUGUUGUAAAUAAAGAAGAGCUAGUGAGACAAGCAGCAGCAGAUGCUUUGGCUGCAUUGUUGAAUGAAUUCCCUGAUAAAACUUCUGCAAUUAUUGAUCAGCUUCUUGAAAUUUAUCAUGAAAAAUUAUAUCUACCACCUCCAGUUUUGGAUAGCUUACAAAGAGUGAUAUCAGAAUCUCCUCCUGAUAUGUGGGAAGCAAGAAGUGGGAUUGCAUUAGCUCUUGGCAAAAUGGCACCUUAUCUUACUUUAGAGCAAGUGACAAGUCUUAUGUCCUUUUUUGUGUCUGAAGGCUUAGGUGAUAGGCAUGCUACUGUUCGAAAACAUAUGGUUGAUGCUGCAAUUGCAAUCACUGAUCUUCAUGGAAAGGAUGUCUUAUCUGAAUUGCUGCCAGUUUUUGACAACUUCAUGGAUCAAGCACCUGAUAAUUCUAGUUAUGAUUGUGUUCGACAGAGUGUUGUGAUUCUUAUGGGUACCCUGGCCAGACAUUUGGACAAAGAAGAUCCUCGUGUAAAACCUAUCAUAAUUAAACUUGUAGAAGCAUUGUCCACACCAUCUCAGCAAGUUCAAGAAGCUGUUGCCAAUUGCUUACCACCUUUAGUGCCUGCAAUAAAAGAUGAGGCUCCAAAUUUGGUUAAUACUCUUUUAGAUCUUUUAUUGGAAUCUAACAUCUAUGGUGAACGUAAAGGUGCAGCAUAUGGCUUAGCUGGCUUGGUUAAAGGACUUGGAAUUUUGUCUCUUAAGCAGCUUAAUAUCAUGAAUACAUUGACUACAGCCAUUCAGAAUAAGAAAAAUUACAAGCAUAGAGAAGGUGCUUUAUUUGCUUUUGAAAUGUUGUGCAACAUGCUUGGUCGACUUUUUGAACCUUAUGUAGUGAAUUUUCUGCCCCAUCUUUUGAAUUGUUUUGGUGAUGGAAACCAGUAUGUUCGAGAGGCAACUGAUGAUACAGCCAAAGCUGUUAUGAGUCGAUUAAGUGCACAUGGUGUUAAACUUGUCCUGCCAUCAUUAAUUAAUGCUCUUGAAGAAGAUUCUUGGAGAACAAAAACAGGUUCUAUUGACUUACUUGGUGCUAUGGCAUUUUGUGCUCCUAAGCAACUAUCUUCUUGUUUACCUAGCAUUGUACCUAAAUUAAUUGAAGUUUUGUCUGAUUCUCAUAUAAAUGUCCAGAAAGCAGGUGCUCAAGCUCUGAAGCAAAUUGGAUCUGUCAUUAGAAACCCGGAAAUUCAAGCAAUUGUACCUACUCUUUUGGAUGCUUUGCAAGAUCCUUCAAAGAAAACAUCCACCUGUUUAGCAGUUCUAUUGGAUACACGAUUUGUUCAUUUUAUUGAUGCACCCUCAUUGGCUUUAAUCAUGCCUGUAGUACAGAGAGCUUUUCAGGACAGAUCUACAGAAACCCGAAAAAUGGCCGCCCAAAUUAUUGGCAACAUGUAUUCUUUGACUGAUCAGAAGGAUUUAGCACCUUAUCUACCAAAUAUUAUUCCUGGUUUAAAACAAUCUCUAUUGGAUCCUGUCCCAGAGGUGAGGAGUGUUUCAGCUCGAGCUUUAGGUGCUAUGGUUAAGGGUAUGGGUGAAAGUAGUUUUGAUGAUCUCCUUCCCUGGCUCAUGCAGACCCUAACAUCUGAGAAUAGCUCAGUAGAUAGAUCUGGUGCUGCACAGGGUCUAAGUGAAGUUAUUGGAGGGUUAGGAGUAGAGAAAUUAAAAUCCUUUAUGCCUGAAAUCAUAGCUACUGCAGAGAGAAUGGAUAUUGCCCCCCAUGUGAAAGAUGGUUACAUAAUGAUGUUUAUUUACUUACCCAUGGUUUUCAAAAAAGAUUUCACACCAUAUAUUGGAGAAAUUAUUACUCCCAUUUUAAAGGCAUUAGCGGAUGAAAAUGAAUAUGUCAGAGACACAGCUCUGAGAGCUGGUCAGAGGAUAGUCAAUAUGUAUGCAGACACUGCAAUAACUCUGUUGCUUCCUGAAUUAGAAAGAGGACUUUUUGAUGAUAAUUGGAGAAUCCGCUACAGUUCAGUUCAGUUGCUCGGAGAUUUGCUGUAUAAGAUCUCAGGUGUUUCUGGUAAGAUGACAACUGAAACUGCUGAUGAAGAUGAUAAUUUUGGUACUGAACAGUCUCACAAAGCCAUCUUGGGAUCUCUUGGUGCUGAUAGACGUAACAGAGUUUUGGCUGGUUUGUACAUGGGUAGAUCUGAUGUAGCACUAAUGGUUCGACAAGCAGCUCUUCACGUAUGGAAAGUUGUUGUAACUAAUACCCCUAGAACAUUAAGAGAGAUACUUCCUACACUUUUCUCUUUGUUGUUGGGAUGUUUAGCUAGCAACAGUUAUGAUAAGCGACAGGUUGCUGCUCGUACCUUGGGAGAUCUAGUUCGCAAACUUGGAGAAAGAGUACUGCCUGAAAUUAUUCCAAUUCUUGAGAAGGGUCUGGAUUCUGACAGACCUGAUCAAAGACAGGGUGUGUGCAUUGGUUUGAGUGAGAUUAUGGCUUCAACUAGUAGGGAGAUGGUGCUGACAUUUGUAGAUAGUUUGGUCCCUACUGUAAGACGAGCUUUGAGUGAUCCUUUACCAGAAGUACGGCUUGCAGCUGCUACAACUUUUGAUAGCCUUCAUUCAACAGUUGGUGUCAGAGCUUUGGAUGAUAUUCUUCCUCAUUUGCUUCAGCAGUUGAGUGAUCCCGUCCAAUCCGAAUAUGCUCUUGAUGGUUUAAGACAAGUAAUGGCCAUUAAAAGCAAAGUUGUCUUGCCGUAUCUGGUUCCUCAACUUACAGCACCACCUGUGAACACCAAAGCUCUGGCUUUUUUGUCUGCAGUUGCUGGUGAUGCUUUAACCAAACAUUUGCACAAAAUACUUCCAGCUUUACUAUCUGCCUUAAGUUCAGCCAUAAACACACCUACUGAAGCUCAGACUCUGGAGUAUUCUCAGACAGUUGUGCUUGCUGCAACAGAUGAUUUAGGAGUGCGAACUGUUAUUGACCAUCUACUAGAGGCUACUCGCAGCACAGAUUCUUUACGCAGACAUGCUGCUGUUGCACUUUUGUUGUCAUAUUGUUGCCAGAGAAAAGUUGACAUAUCUCAGCAUGUCCCUCAACUUAUUCGUGGGUUAAUCCGAAUGUUUACCGACCAUGAUCGAAAAAUUCUGCAGCUCAGCUGGGAGGCUUUAAAUGCUGUUACCAAGAAUUUAAAUACUGCAGAACAGUUGAGACUUAUUUCAGAUGUUCGACAAGCAGUUAGAUUUGCUGCAAGCGAUUUGAAAGGAGAUGAAUUGCUUCCUGGAUUUUGUAUUGAGAAAGGUAUUAGCCCUAUACUACCUAUCUUUAGGGAAGCCAUUUUGAAUGGUGUGGCUGAAGAUAAAGAACAAGCAGCUCAGGGUCUUGGUGAAGUAAUAAAAUUGACAAGUGCUGAUGCUCUCAAGUCUUCAGUAGUAGUUAUUACUGGUCCCUUAAUUCGAAUCCUUGGUGAUCGUUAUAAUUGGCCUAUCAAAGUAGCUUUACUAGAAACAUUAGCCCUUCUACUUGCAAAAGUAGGUAUGAUGUUGAAGCCUUUUUUGCCUCAACUUCAGACAACUUUCUUGAGAUCACUUAGUGAUGGGCAUCGUGCUGUAAGACUAAGAUCUGCCACUGCUUUAAGUUAUUUGAUUCUAGUUCAUAACAAACCCGAUACUCUUUAUAAUGAAUUGCACAAUGCCGUAAAAAAUGCUGAAGACAACUCUUUAAAAGAAACUAUGUUGCAUGCAUUGCGUUGCAUUAUCAAAGCGUCAGGAGAUAAAAUGUCUGAUCAAGUAAGAACUAGCAUCGUAAGCACAGUGACAAAUAUGCUUUCACAUCCUGAUGAUUCCUGUCGUGUUGUGGCUGCGGCUUGUCUUGGAGCAAUGUGCCAAUUUCUGCCAGAUAAUGAAUUUGAUGAUAUUGCCUAUGAAAACUUGUUAGAAGAUGAUUUGACCUUAGAGUGGACUCUUAGACAUGGACGUAGUGUAGCAUUAAUGGUUGCUUUGAAAGAAGCUCCUGCCAGAGUAUUAACUGCAGAAUGGACUGAAAGAAUUAUCAAAGUGCUUUUAGUGUAUUUGACUGCUGAUAGGUUAGCUAUUGUAUUGAGUGGAGUUCGAGCAACUGGUUACUACAUGCUACAUAUGUUACAAUCAGAUAAACAGAUUCCUCAACCUCUUCUGACAACUUUUUCUAAGAGUAUGAAUCAUUCAACAAAUGAAGUAAAGCAAGCUGUUGCACUGACAGUGCAUUUCUUGGCAAGAAAAAUCACACUCCCACCCUAUUUUAUGAAGACUGUAGUGCCACAUCUCGUUAAUGGUACAAAAGAAAAAAAUACAAUGGUGAAGUCCAAUUGUGAAUUUGCUUUAGUUACUCUUCUUGGUUUACGUACUAAUGAAGAACAAGCUCAGAUUUGUUUAAAUGUCAUGGAUGCUGGUGCUCGAGAAGCCUUACAAGAUGUGAUUACUAAAGUACUCAAAAAAGUUUCCUCUCAACCAGAGCCUAAAGAAGAAGAUUUGGAUGAUACUCUACUAACUUGAUAAGGGUUUUAGAAUUUAGAAAUUGAACUUUAUCCCAAGGAGUAAAGCAAAAUUUGUUAUACAAUCUGCUGAAAAAGAAAGCCCUGUAAAUUUCAUUUAUAUAAUAAAUUUUUAAAUUUG